AUGGAAACCACCUACCCAAUCCUCCCACCCAAGCUCCUCCUCAUCUCCCUAAAGAUGUACUUCAGUCCAGACCGCACACUCUCCUACCUGCAAGCACUCCUAAACCCAACCAACGAAAUCGUCCACCCAACCAACCGCCACAACCUCCUCCUAGCCCUAAUCCCCGACUUCCUCACCAUCCACCCCUGCGCCGCGAUAAUAAAAAGCUACGAAGAAACCCUACGCACCCAAAACCUCCCCACCACCCCGCCAGCCUUCCUCCUCGGCGCGCAAGACUGUUUCUGGGAACCGGCCGGCGCCUACACGGGCGAAGUCUCGCCCGCGUCGCUCGCAAGCCUGGGAUGCCAGAUCGUCGAGCUGGGACACGCCGAGCGCCGGGCCAUCUUCCACGAGACGGAUGCGCAGACGGCUGCCAAGGCCGCGGCGGUCUGCGCGCACGGCAUGGUGCCGCUGGUUUGUGUGGGGGAGGUGACUGCGCCGGGGGCGGUGGCUUCUGAGGCGGUUGGGAGGGCGGUUGCCGAGUGUGCUGUUCUGGUGCGUGCUGUGCUGGGUGCGGUUCCUGAUGCGGCGCCGGUUGUGUUUGCCUACGAGCCUGUUUGGGCGAUUGGGCAGCCGAGGCCUGCUGGUGUUGAUCAUGUUGCUGCUGUUGUGGAGGGGAUUCGGGGGGUGGUGGGGGAGAGGAAGGGGACGGUGAGGGUUCUGUAUGGGGGGAGUGCUGGGCCUGGGCUUUGGAGUGAGGGGGGGCUUGGGAAGGCUGUUGAUGGGAUGUUUUUGGGGAGGUUUGCGCAUGAGAUUGGGGGUGUUCGGGAGGUUGUUCGGGAGGUUGAGGAGAGUUUGGGGCUUUGA